AUGACGGACAAAGCCCUUAUUGAGCUGUUCUCCAUUUUUAUCACAGCAAACCAUGUACUGUCACAUCAUGGACUUGUCGACGGUUUCGGCCACAUAUCCGUUCGUAACCCCGGAAACCCAGAAAACUUCUUCAUGACAGGCUCCAUGCCUCCAGCCCUCAUGAAGGGAGUCUCUGAUAUCGCAGAAUUCGAUAUCUCUGAGGUAAUCCCUGUCUCCGGCAGCACUUCCAGCGCACAAUCUCCUUACUCAGAGCGCUUCGUCCACUCUCGAAUAUACGCCCAGUAUCCGGCUAUCCAAAGUGUCAUACAUUCACACUCGCCUGCCGUUGUAGCACAAGGCCUCAGCGGGGUCCACCUCCAGCCUAUCUGGCAUAUGGCUGGGUUUCUGGGCGACGAAGUGCCCAUCUUCGACCCACGAAGCGUCUACAAUGAGACCGACAAACAUAAUCUCCUGGUCAACAACAAGGUCCUUGGGGGUGCAAUGGCGGCACUGUUCGGCACUCAACCCGGGCCGUUGGGGCCAUCUCCGAAGAACACUGUCGUUAUGCAGCGGGGCCACGGCUUCACAACGUGGGGUCUCUCGAUCAAACACGCGGUUUAUCGGGCAGUCUACACGCAGGAAAGUGCGAAGAUCCAGCAGAGCUCGGCGAAUUUCCAUAGCUCAAUUGGUAAUGAACCAGUGUCCUUGGAUUGGACUGAGCAGGUUGAUUGCCAGGAGAUGAAUGAUGAGUCGAUUGCGAGAGCGUGGCAGUUUUGGGAGGCGCAGGCUCGGGCAGAUGCGUUGUAUCGCAAUGACCUGGAUGCAGAUUAUCUCUAA